AUGUCCUUAAAUUGCUCUGCCACAUUCACGAAUGACUGCUUUGGCCUCUUGGAUAAUAUACAUGUCGACAACCAAUACUUUGUGUCCGUUCUAUGGAUAUACACGGCCGUGAUAGGGGUGGAGUCUGCGCUAUACGUCUAUCUGCUCUGCGUCAAGGGCUUUCGUACGAGGAUAAACACAGUCUUAAUUCUCAUAUCGGCGCUUAUGUUCGCAAUCUCCACAAUUCACUACACUGCCACUGUGGUAAACGUGGUCGCAUUUAAAAAGGAUAUGGAGAGCUCUGCCAACGAUGAUUGGGAGCUGUUCUAUGGAGCGCCGGUUGCUUCGACCUCGCAGUACUACGAACCACGUAACGGCAUAGCGCAAGCAACAUUACAACAGUUCAUCUGCAGUGAUGCGGUUGUACUGUGGCGAGCUUGGAUACUGUGGGGUAAAAGCCGCAGAGUUUUCAUGUUGUCGGUCGUCUUUGUGGCUUCAACAACCGUUGUUUCUGUUGGAACGGGUAUAUCAUGGUUCAUACACAUGGCCAAUAUGUGGAUCACCGGAAGGGUCAUCUUGUGGUCAUUCUCUCUGGCCACAAAUAUUCUCGGUACAGGCUUGAUCGCAUAUAAAGCGUGGCAGCACAGACGAAGCAUGAAGAUGUAUAUCGCAGGGGCAAGUCGAAUGACGAUAGUCGAGACGACCCUUGCCCUGCUCGUUGAGUCCGGCGUCGUUUAUUGCUGCGUCUGGGCAGACCCGUUGACGUCACUCCCCAGCGCGUAUCCCUUCUUGCAUCUCAACGAUACACGGACGCCAUGGCUUAACCAAGUCUUCCCAUGCAUCCUCGUCCAAAUUUCCCUUAGGGUAUCCGUCAUUUGGAUUGACCAGGGAAUGUAUCCUACCGCCAUCACUGUCCUCGUCGCUCUGCAAAAGACAGCAUUUGACAUCACGUCCUCGGUUCGUGAAACACCGACUCAAGCCAUGGAGUUUGCGACUGGGCCCAAUCCGAAUCUGGUGGCCACAUUUUCUAGCCAGUCAGAAGUGUCGCGCCGACAAACCAUGACAGUGGCUUCGCGGGAUACUAUUCGCACGCGAAGGACGACUCUUUCCUCCUCGACCAUACGGAUCGGAAUUGCGCCUGCUACCGGCAUGCAGCGGGAUGAUGGCGAGUCAUGUUUGAACUUUAUGAUACCAUCCGAGGAUGUAGAGUCGCAGUACAUGGAAAUGAGUGGUGGUACUGAUGAGCAUCAGUCAGGCUUGACCGUCAGUAUGGGAGAUCGGACGGUGCAGAAGAUUACAGCUAGUAAACAGAGUUGA